GCUACUACUUAUUGGAGUUAUAUUAGCACCUUAUAUUAUCGAAUUUACAACUUACUCUGUUUGGUUGAAUCUUCAAUAUGAAGAGAUUCAUCCUGGGCUUUAUUUUGAGCCAGGGAAACAGUUUUUCAGAGGGACGUCAGGACUUCUGGUCCUUAAUAAUACAGGUGGAAAAAUCGAUAAUUUUAUCCAGGCACUGAAGAGUCAAAGCAUCUUGAUGGACGUCAUCUCUGGUGAUAUAGUUAGUGACCAGCUGGUUCACAAUGGGGCCAUCAAAGUAGACCUUGAAAACAAGAAAUACAGGUUCACACUUAUGUGCCAUAUGGAGAUAACUAACUGCUAUCCUGUGCUUGUCAACAUAAUCAGCAAUGCAUUUCUGCAUAUGUUUAAUUCUACUGCCCAUCUUCGAACCUGGAGUCAUGUAUUUACUGAAGAUCAUUUCGAUAAUUUCCUCUGGAUUUCUAUGGAAACUUACAUGGUUGCGACCUCAAUUGUAUUACCUGCUUUUCCACCACAAUUUGCAAUGCGAAGUAAUCAAGAUUACAUGGUGGCAUUUUUCCUUGGCUACAGCAUAUCAAUUGUUUUAUUCCUAUACAUAAUUGCCUUUGUAUUUCGCCAAAAAAAGCAUACUGCCAGUUUUUGGUCAGUCACUUCUAUUUUAGUUAUGCUGCUUUUGUUCAUAAUAAGUAUCACGACAAGUUCAAUUUCUAUGCCCUACAUAAGACACCUGUUGAGUUUUUUUGUUCCUAUGUUUCCAGUUACCAAUUUUAUAAUGUCUUUUACAUAUCUGCUGGGUGGCUUUCCUACUGAUGAACAUGAUGUUUCAACUGAGACACAGCUCUUUAUAUCUACUUUCAUGCCCUAUUUGCAGAGUAUAAUCCUCAUAUUUUUACUGCGUUAUCUGGUGAUGAAAUAUGACCAGACAAUUAUGAGAAGAGAUCCCAUUUUUAGGAUUUCUCCACAAAGAAAAAGAACCCAUCAGAAUCCUGAAGAGCUCAGCCAAGCAGAUGACAGAGACGUCCUAGAUGAAAGGACAAGAGUUCAGAGUGCACUGGCUUCUGUCAAUGAAGGAGAGAAACCAGUUCUCAUUGUCCAUGACUUGCGCAAGGAAUACAAACACGGCAACGCUUGCUCCUCUCCUUGUUUCAAGAGGAAGGAAGAAAAAAAAGUGGCUACCAGAAACGUCUCCUUUUGUGUUAAAAAAGGUUUGAUUGGAAUGAAUUAUAUUCUUAACUCAGUCUCUAUUGUAAAUCUACUCUAGUCAUUGCUCAGCAAAAAUUAAGUAAGAGAAGCAUUGUGGGGUUUGAAACACUAAGGCCAAAUUAGGGAUAAUAAUGCUCAGAAUAUCACCAAGCAAAUGAUCUGUAAAGGUAGAUUAAAUGUGACAUAUUUCCCAUCAAAUUCUAUUAUUGAA